ACUGACCAUGACCCACGUAACCCGGCCUACAUCGCCACCCAAGGACCGCUUCCACACACCGUGGCUGACUUUUGGCAGAUGAUCUGGGAGCAAGGAUCCGUGGUGAUUGUGAUGCUGACCAAGCUGGUGGAGAAUGGGACGUCUCUGUGUCACCGCUACUGGCCCGAGGAAGGAAGCGAUCUCUAUCACAUCUAUGAGGUGCAUCUGGUGUCAGAGCACAUUUGGUGUGACGAUUACCUGGUGCGAAGCUUCUACCUGAAGAACCUGCAGACAAAUGAGACCCGAACCGUUACCCAGUUCCAUUUCCUGACCUGGCCUGAGCUCUCAGUUCCUGCGUCCAUUAAGGCUCUUCUGGACUUCAGACG